AGAGCAGCGGCCGCCGCCGCCCACUCGCCUUCGCCGAGGCUCCGAGACGCCCGGGGACGCGGGCGCCCCCCCCGCGCCCCGCCACCUGCGCCCCCGCUCGAGAAAUGAUGGAGGAGAGUGGAAACCUCGCAAGUAUGGAAAUAAGGCGAUUUCCUGAACUCAGCAGCCAGAGGGUAGAAGAAGGAGCACUUGUAAAUGAGAAGGAAAAUCUGAGGGAAACAGAACAAUUGAUAAAUCCUAGUGCAGAGAAAGCUAGUAUUCUAGGAACACAUUUAAAUAAGAUGGGAUAUCCAAACGAACUAGGAUCAUUGAAGAGUAUUGAGAACACCGAGAUUCCAUGUGCAUGUGUAAUGGAAAAUCCUAUGGAACUGAUAAUGCUGAAAGCAAAUUCUACUGUGGAGGAAUGUGGGAUGUCAGAAGAAUGUAAAAAACUGGAAGAGUGGAAGAGGAGCCUUUCUGACAUAGAGGAAGAAAAUAAUUUUCUGAGAAGGAAAAUAGAGAGACUUAAAAUUAAAAUUGCAGAGAAGAAACCUAAGCAAAUGCAGCGCUUUUGGUUCAGAAAAUAUAUGCCUGAGAAGAAAAUGGUAUUUAGGCGACUGGAGAAUGUCAAGAAUGAAAAUGCACAUACGAACAUAUCCUACGUUUUUCAUGUAGCUACAAAAUUCCCUUUCAAGCUGAGUCAAGGAGAAGCUCUCAUCACAUUUGAAGAAGAAAAGGUUGCCCAAGGACUAGUGGGAAAAUGUCAUACUGUGAACCUGGAAAAAGAGAAGAUAGUUGUGAGAGCCCAGCCUGUUAUUCUGGAAACAGGAAUCAUAUUUGAGCUUCAUGCAAAUAUUUCUCAAAGGAAGCUUAAUGUUUCUAAUAUUCCACACCUAAACAUCCCUGUGGAAUGGAUGAAAGACAAGUUGGAACUGUUUUUUUGCAAAACUAAACUGGGAGGAGAGGUGCAGUCCGUGGCUUAUGACCCAAGCUCUCAGAUGGCCCUCAUUAUAUUGAGCCAACCUAUGGCUAUUAACAAUAUUGUGAAAUCUUCUGGGCUAUACCAUUUCCCAACAAGUGAAGGCACUCAUAGCAUCAUGGUUUCUCCUGUCAUUCAGAACAAGCUGGAAAGAUUUCAGAUGUUUGCUGGGCUUUCCAGGAAAACCAUACUAUUAACCGGCAUUGAGAUACAGGGGGAAGAGGAAGAGUGUGUAGAAGAUAUGAUUGCCAUCCACUUCCAGAAACCUCGCAAUGGUGGUGGGGAAGUUGAAAACAUCAAAUAUGUGUCAAAAGGAACCAAAGUUGCUUAUUUUCAGGAUGAUACAGAAGAUGUUAAGUGACAGCAUGAGGAUGAAGUUGAACAAGCUCAGAUUCCUAUUUUGUCAGUGGUUUCAUAUACUAAUAGAUUUGUUUUGUAAUUACUAUUAUUUUACUCUUGGAGUUUGUCUUGAUCUGGAUUAAAUAGUGUUACUAAUUUAGAUACUCCUCCAAUUUCAUAAAUAAAUUGUUCCUUAUUUAAAAUUAAAGAUCUAUUUUUGGCUGUUUGGAUUGUAUUUUGCUAAUAUAAUGUUCUUGCUAUAAUUUAAUUAGACUACAAUUUGUACAUGACUACAAUAAUUUAAUUAGACUACAAUUUGUACAUUAUCUGACCUUUUUAAAAUAACAAGAAUAAAAAAUGUUUGUUAGUUCCAAA